AUGUGCGCGUGGAACUACGCAUUCGGUGGGUCGACCUACUUUGGCAUCACCACAUUUGACCUCAACAACGAUGGCCACAUGGAUCUGCUGCCGUGCGGUUUGAAAUGCCGCAUCUACGAGAGCGUUGCGAACGGUAAUUCAUACAUCGCGUUUAAGCUCAAGGGAGUCUCGAGCAACCAAUACGGGAUUGGGGCCACGGUAGUGCUCACGUGGAGCGCCUUUGCGGAGGCCCAGCCGCAGCAGCAGUUCCGGGAGCUCAACGGCGCGUCGAGCGGCACCGCCAGCCCAUGGGGCAGCGCUGACCACCGCCUGAUCUUCGGCCUCGGCGAGACGGGCGUGCCGCUUCGAGUCGAGGUGCGAUGGCCCUCAAGCGUGGUGGACGUCUUUGACGACCCCGCGGUGCUCCUCUUGCGAACAAACACAAUGGAGGACGCCGUCAUUACUCUCUACGAGGGCAGCAGCAACGAUGUCGCCAGUGGAGCCUUUGUGUAA